AGGAUUGAAGAUCCGAUGUUUGCAUGAAAGCUUUGUUGAUAGUUGGCCCAGAUUCGUCCAGAAGCUAUCCCGGGUUGUCGCUGAGAACGGUAUCUGGUAAGACAUAGGAGCUUCGGUAUCGCGCCGCACAAGAUGAAGAUCGGCAAAGACACUAGACCUCAAUAAGAACAGGUCUCUAGGCAUGAUCGGGGAGCUAUCUAGAAAGAAAGACGUCUGUGCAGAAGCCAAGACCACCGUUCACAGCGGUCGAUGAUCGAUCCCCAAUCCAUCGAGCCUCACCCGGAUCGACACCGACUAUUCAACGAUAUUCGACUCUAUGAUCAUCCUGUCGCUCAUUCAGACCCGUGGAGGGAAACUCUAAAGCCAAUCCAUCGUUAUCAGUCCAACCGUCCUUACUUGGACGAAGCCUUUAUCAUUUGCAAUAGUCCAUGCACGCAAGGAUACCCGCCAGGACAGAGUUGGUGUCGGUUGACUACUAAGUCAGUGUCUGAGAGCAGAAAGCAAUGCAAUUGGCCACACGCGAGGGAAGGGCUUGUUUUCUUUUUUUUGUUUUUCCAUGUGAGUGGAAAUCGAGAUCCUGAGGCCUGCUGCGCAUGCGGAGCACGGAGGACUCCGUACUCGAUAAAGUACAGUAGACCGAGAUGCCAAUUUCGCAUAACUGGAUGCAAACAAAAGCUCCGAGUUGAGUUUCACGCACCCAACCUUUGAUCGCACGCAGGAACCGAGACAGAGCAGCGUGAUCCAAGCCUGUGAUUGGGAGAUGGGCGGGAAGGGCAAUGCUGUGUCUCAUGAGGCCUGCAGCAAGGGAUACAUCCGCAUUCGGCAGUCUAUUUGGCUCAAUGCAGGG